AUGAGCAGGCAGCCCAACGUGCACGUGAGCGGCGUGAACGGUGUGCGUAACGCGUACGCGUCGCACGAGGCCGGCGCGACGGGGUACUACGCCGACGAGGGCGCCAGGUACGUCAACCCGCACGACGGCGGCGUCCGCGAGAUGCUCGCCAGGGCGACCCGCGACUGGCCCGAGCUGUGGGGGAUGGAGGCGCCAGGUAAUAUCGACGACAAAAGUAACGAUGACGAGUUUGGGGACAGGAUCCUCGACCUGAGCUGCGGCAGCGGCGAGGUGACGUCCGCGCUCGUCGCCGCGGGUGUCCCGCUCUCCAGGAUCGACGCGUGCGACCCGUACACGCACGAAGCGUACCUCGCCAGGGUUGGAAAAAAGUGCGAGCGAUGGUCCUUUGAAGACGUCGCGCGAGGCGCAAUCGCGGAGAGGCGGUGGAGCGUCGUCGUGUGCUCGUUCGCCAUGCACCUGUGCGCCCGGGGGUACCUCCCGACGCUGUGCAUGAUGCUGGCGUGCAGCGCGAGGCACUUGGUGGUGCUGACCCCGCACAAGCGGCCGGUGAUUGACGCGGCGUGGGGAGGAUGGCGGCUCGCGGCGAAGGAGGCGAGGGAUCCGUACUGGCGCAUCAGGUCGCGAUGGUACAGCACGGGACCGCGCGUGGACGACGACGUUUGGGACGGGGAAGGGGACGACGACGACGACGACGACGACGACGGGGAGGGUACGUAG